AUGCCUUCACCAACCACAACCGUUCACUCGGGUGUGGGCGGACGAACAUCCGUCGAAUCUACCAAAGCUCCCUUACCCCUACCUGCUCACAACAAUGGACUUCCUCAAACCGAUACAACGAGCAGUAACAAUAGUGAUGGUAAAAAACCAAAGAAAGAGAAAAAAUCACAUGCACCCCCUGAAGGUCAUUCCGGUGUACAUGCCCCGAUGGAAUUACCCAAAUGGCGAUUCUGGGCAAUAUUCGUCUCUUUGAUGGUUUGCAUCUUCCUGUUCGCCCUGGAUCAAUUGAUCGUAGCUACGGCUAUACCCAAGAUAACAGCAGAGUUCAACUCUUUGACAAAAUUAUCUUGGCUCGCUUCCGGUUUCUUCCUCACCCUCCUCGGUUUCAAUCUACUUUAUUCACAAUGGAUGAACAUCUUCCCUUCCAAACACGUCAUCAUGUUCGCCGUCUUCAUCUUCGAAAUUGGUUCUCUCGUCUGUGGUGUCGCCCCUUCGAUGGAUGUCUUGAUUUUAGGAAGAGCCUUGGCUGGUUUAGGUGCAGCAGGUCUAUUCAGUGGUGGUAUGAUCAUCAUCGCUGAGAUGACUUCUCUCCACAACCGUGCUCAAUAUUUCGCUUUGUUCGGUGUUUGUUUCGCUAUUGCAAGUGUAAUUGGUCCCUUGUUAGGUGGUGCUUUCGCCGAUCACGUCUCUUGGAGAUGGUGUUUCUACAUCAACCUUCCGUUCGGUGGUCUCGCCAUGGCUUCCAUCGCCAUAUUCCAACCUACCCGACCUCCUCUCGGUAGAGAGAAGACUUAUGAGGGAUACAACAAGGACAUGUUCUGGAAAGUCGUCAAGUGCGAUUGGGGAGGAAUGAUCAUUUCUAUGGCUUGGGCAAUCUGCUUCAUCCUCUUCACUCAAUGGGGAGGAGUAACCAAGAAAUGGUCCGAUGGAUCCGUUAUCGCCUGUAUCGUCCUUUCCGCCGUAUUGGUACCGGUCUUCGUACUGUACGAAUGGUUCAUUGGUACUGAUCGUCAAAUGUUCAAAUUGAGAUUACUCAAAAGAAGAAAUGUCAUCGGUGCAUCGAUCGUUUGUUUCUGCGUAUUUGGUGUAUUCAUGAUUCUCGUCUACUACCUUUCUAUCACUUAUCAAGCGGUAUAUCACACCUCAGCUACAUCGGCGGGUGUCAAACUCCUACCUCUAAUCUUACUGCAAGUUGCCGCCUUAAUCAUCUCAUCGAGGAUCAUUCCUAAGAUCGGUCGAUUCAAGCCUGUCAUCAUCUGCGGUCCGAUCUUACUUUGUAUCGCAUCUGGUUUAUUCUACACUAUCAAACCCACUACUCCCAUGGCCAACCUAUAUGGAUUCCAGGUAAUUCUAGGUGUCGGUAUCGGUUGUUGUCUACAGAACGUCAUGGUUUCAGUUCAACAUGAAUUAAGAAGAGAACCAUGGUUGAUCUCCUUAGGUACCGGUUUGACAGUAUUCGUCGGUUUCGCCGGUCGUAUCGUAGCUCUAUCAAUGGGUGGAAGUGUAUUUGAAAAUAUGAUUCAACGACAUCUCAAAUCAUCCGUCCCUGGAAUCACUGAAGAGAUCGUCAUGGCAGUUGUCAAUGAUGCUACAGCCGUAUGGAACUACGUCCCCGAUGAAAUGCGUCCCGCAGUACUUCAAGCAUACACCAAGACCCUCUCUCAAGUAUUCAUCAUCGGUUUACCCUUAGCUGUCAUCGCUCUUGCUGGAGCACUGAUCCUCAAGAACGAUAAGAUCGCUACGAAAGAGGAGGAAGAAGCUGCUAAGCGAAGUGCGAAAGAGAAAGAAGCGUUGGAAGCUAAGAACGAAGAGGAGAUUGCAGUUGGAACCGCUCACGCCGGUGAUGCUUCUGCAGCAGUGGAAAGUUCAGUUCCUGAGGAUGUACAAGGUGCAGAAAGGGAGGUUGAUGGAGCUGCGGUAUUGGCGGAGAAGGAAGGUAGAAGUGCCGCAUAA